AUGAUUCCGGCCAAGAUGUCUGCGGCACGAGCCGUUUCCUUGCGGUCCCAGGCACCGUCCGUCAGAGCAUCAUCUCAGCGGUUGUCUCGCGCCGGAUCAUAUUCGACCGUCUCAGCUCAACCAUUCACUCAAUCCGCUAAGAGCCAACGAGCCAUCCUUCACUCCCCUUCCCACCCCGUUUCUCAACUUGUCUCGCCGUUCGCCGCUCUCCCUUUGACCCGGUCAUUCCACUCCGCAACUUCCCUUUGGCAGCAACAGCAAAAGCAACAGGAAGGAAAGCAGAGCGAGGACCAAAAGUCCGAAACCCAGGGCGAGGAGUCCAAGGAGGAGAAAAAAGAGAAGAACGAAGAGAAGGUUCCGCCACCACCCCAUGGAGACAAGUCUCCUUGGCAGGUGUUCCGUGAGACCCUGCAGAGCGAAUUCAAGGCCUCCAAGGAAUGGGAGGAGUCCACUAAAGCUCUGGCGUCCUCCGCUCACCAGUUCACCGAGAAUGAGAACGUGAGACGUGCGCGCGCUGCCUACGAGGCUGCAUCAAAUGCUACGUCCUCCAAAACCUCCACAGCCAUCAAGACAACCGGUCAAGUCAUUGGAAAGGGAGCUGCUUGGACAUGGAAUACCAGUGUUGUGAAGGGCGUCCGAAAAGGUGUCAACGCAACCGGAGAGGGCCUCGAGAAGGCCACGAGACCCGUUCGGGAAACCGAAGCAUAUAAGAGUGUGAAGGACGCCAUUGAUGAUGGCAGCAGCUCACGCUACGGUGGUUGGGUCGAGAAGGAGGAACGUCGCAAGCAGCGACAGCGUCGAGAGGAGCAAGAUCUCAAGUCUGGAAAGUCUGUUCGUGUUGAGGAUCGAGUCGAAGACCCCAAUGCCGGUACCAACAUCACUCUCCACAAAGAUUCCGCCUGGAAAGAUUCCUGGAAAGACUUCAAGGAUUCCAACCCAUUGAUGCAGAAGCUCUUCACAAUCAAGGAGAACUACCAGGAGUCCGAAAACCCCCUAAUCAGCACAGCACGCAGCAUCUCCGAUCGUGUUGCUGGCUUCUUCGCCGAAAACGAGACCGCCAUGGUCAUCAAGAAGUUCCGGGAGAUUGAUCCCAACUUCCAGAUGGAGCCUUUCCUGCGCGAAAUGCGUGACUACAUGUUGCCAGAGGUCCUCGACGCUUAUGUCAAGGGAGAUGUUGAGACACUCAAGCUCUGGCUUUCAGAUGCCCAGUUCCACGUCUACGCUGCUCUCGCAAAGCAAUACACCACUGCCGGACUCAAGUCGGAUGGCCGCAUUUUGGACAUCCGUGGUGUGGAUAUCUCUCACGCCCGUAUCUUGGACCCCGGUGACAUUCCCGUGUUUGUCGUCACUUGCCGUACACAGGAGAUUCACGUCUACCGCAAGAUCAAGACCGGUGAGCUUGCCGCUGGUACAGAUGACAAGGUGCAGCUGGUCACCUACGCCAUCGGAUUGACUCGUAUUCCUGAUGAAGUCAACAACCCCGAAACUCGUGGCUGGAGAUUGAUCGAGCUGCAGAAGGCUGCCCGUGACUACAUCUAA